CAAUCAUCGCAACUGCACCUUGCACCUUACACCUUAAUCCAUUACCUACAUAGCACAUCCAAUCCACAACCUUAAAGCUGUUCCCUACUUCUUUUCCCCCCAGCCUUACACUACGGCCAACAUUCUACUUUCCACUUAUUACCAACCAAAUUGUCCCGGCACAGAACCAUUGCCAAUAUGCCGUUACAAGCAGUGAUGAUAGUUGUGGACAACAGCGAAAGUAGUCGAAAUGGAGAUUAUCAACCAUCGCGAUUUGACGCUCAAGCCGAUGCUAUAAAUAUCAUGUUCGAGAGUAUUACCCAGUCCAAUCCAGAGUCCUCCGUUGGUUUGAUGAGCAUGGGUGGCAAGGGACCUGAGGUCUUGUCAACUUUAACGACGGACCGAGGCAAAUUGCUCGACGGCCUCCACCGAACGAAGAAGAAGAUCUCGGGUUCUUCUCAUCUCGCAACCGGCAUCCAGAUCGCUAGUCUAGCACUAAAGCAUCGACAAAACAAGUCCCAACGCCAGCGCAUCAUCGUUUUUGUGUGCUCUCCUGUGGCCGAUGACGAGAAGCGGCUCGUUUCCUUAGCCAAGAAGAUGAAGAAGGGCAAUAUCGAUAUCGACUUCGUUCUAUUCGGCGAUCUAGACGAUGAUGACGUACAGAAGAAGCUCGAAGCUUUUAACAACGCGGUUAAGACUAACGAAAACUCACAUCUCGUCGUUAUUCCGCCUAGCGGGAAGCUUCUGAGCGAUCAGCUCAUUACUACACCUAUCCUACUUGGCGAAGGUGCUGCCGGUAGUUCAGGCGGCAUGGCUGAGGGCGGUGGCGACUUCGGUGAUUUCGACUUCGAUCCUAGUGCGGACCCGGAGUUAGCACUGGCAUUACGCAUGAGUAUGGACGAAGAGAAUGCUAGACAAGCCAAGCAAGCCAAAGAAGACGAAGAAGCUGCGAAAAAGACAGACUUGGAAGGCAUAGAGGAAGAGGGCGAAAACCAACCCCUCCUGAACGAGCAGGGAGAGCCUAGUGGAAGCGGAUCUUCCAAGAACAACAAGAAAAAUGACGAUGACAAGAUGGACAUGUCGUAGACUUAUUUAUCUACUGCAUAUUAACUCUAUUUCUCGUCGGCGUGGGAUCACGGAGUUGAACUUGUACUGUAAUGAUAGACUAGCGGCGAAUCAAGGGGGAAAUGGCAUUCUCUCGAGGCAGGGUGGAUUCUUCUAUCAAGAAUUGAGGCCUUUGCCUUGUCGUGUUAAAACCAAAUCUCUAAACUCCAAACGCCGUGCGACGAUGCAAACCUAUAACCAUACAUAGGUAUCU